AGGUUAUUAGAGUAAAAAAAAUAAUAAGUAGAGUAUAAUAGAAAGAUGAAGUCACUGGAGAAUAUAGUAUUUGCAUUGCAUGAUUUUGAAGCAGUUAAUCCAGAAGAUUUACCGUUAAAGCGCGGAGAACAGAUUUUUGUUUUAAAAAAAGAUGAAGGAUUUAAUGAUGGAUGGUGGGAGGGUCAAAAUACGGAGGGCCGGAAGGGAUUAUUUCCAGUUAUAUAUACUAUGUCGUAUUCAGAGUUAGUUAAAGUUCUUUCAGUUGAACCUCUUACGCCAAAAACUCCGAUAAAAAAUGCAAAAGUUGAUUUAAUGAAAACUACUAUUUCGAAUAUAGAUGAUUUAUUAUCAUAUAUUGAUCGGAAUGGUUUUAAAAAUAUGAGUCUUGAAGAUUCUAAUGUGAACAUUUUGAAUUGGACACCACAAGAGGUAGCAUCAUGGAUUGAAUCGAAAGGAUUUGGAUCGGUAGCAGACAAAUUUAUUGAGCAUGAAAUAACAGGGGAUAUUCUAAUUCAAAUGGAUUAUUCACAUUUAAGAGAGAUAGAUAUUUUUAGUUUUGGAAAAAGAUUUGAAAUUGAACGUGAAAUUAAAUUACUUCGAGAUUCAUUGUCUAUUGCAGCGGAAAAACAUAUAAACGAGAGGCUAAAAGAUGAUACACAAUCUUCUCAAUCUAUGAUUACAGCUAGAAAUUUUCACUCUGAAAGAUCAGACUAUGCGCAAUCUAUGCGUAGUAUUAAUUCGGCAUCAAUUAAACGAGGAUCAUAUGAAAACAGUUUUUUACAUGUGAAUAAUCUAUCUGUUGAUCAGUCCUAUAGAAGUUCUCGGAAUGGGAUACCUAUAGAUGAAGUUAGUGUUGUUUCUAAACACUCCUUAGAUCAGCCAACUUCUAUAUACAAUCAUAAAAUUGAAAUGUCUAAUGGUUCUGAAUGUUUAGAAUCUUUAAAAAUGCAUUCUAAGGAUUCUGAAGCUACUGUUAAUAGUAAGAGUUCAUGGAAAGUUACUAACAAAUUGGUUCGUGCGUAUAAAAGGAAAUCUAAAUCUUACGUUAUGGUUGGUCGUUUACAGAAAAUUGACAAGGGAUUUGAUCAUAAAAAAGCAGCAAGACUUUCUAAACACAUGAGUCAAGAUGUUUUAAAAGCAUGUCCAUAUGGAAAUUAUAGGCAAAUGGAUACUAUAACUAUGUUGAAAGAAAUACAAUCUUGUAACACUGCUUCUAGUAAGACUUUUAAAGUAGAAAAAGAAGCUUUAAAAACACCUUUAAAAAAGCCAAGCAAAGUAUCCAUAGCUAAAAAAUCUUUAUUAAAAAGAGAUCAAAAAGUGCCAACUGCUAUAAAAGAAGGUAUUCGGCAUAUUUCUGUACAUGAUGCUAUAAAAGAAGCUGAUCAUUAUGGCUGGAUGCGUAAAAAAACAGAAAGAUAUGGGCAAUGGAAACUUAGAUUUUUUUGUUUAACUGGAACAAGACUUUCUUAUUUUUAUACUGAAGAUGAUAUUGGUGAAAAGGGUUUAAUCGAUAUUAAUUCUUAUCGUGUGGUUUCAGUUAAUAAUCGGUUUUUCUAUGGAGAGAGGAAAUUUUGUUUUAAAAUUAUUCCUCCUGUUCCUGGUACUGCUAAAGGUAUUAACUUUACCUCGCCUAAAGUUCACUAUUUUGCCACGGAUACAUUAGAGGAAAUGAAAGAAUGGGUUAGAGCACUUAUAAAAAUUACAAUUGGCAGAGAUAAUUCAGUACCUGUCUUAUCAUCUUGUAAAGUUCCGACUAUUUCUCUCAAAGCUGCUAAAGAAAAAAUGACUGCUAAUAUUCUUAUGAACGAUAAAUCUGAGUGCGAAUCUUUAAGUGAAAACGCUUCUUCUAAAAUAACCUCUUAUCAAGAACAUCCUUUAUCUUCUGAUUUAAUUAACCCUUAUCACUCCGAAAACCUUCUAGAUCAUCUAAAUCCCACCGAAACUAGUAGUUUUAUAAGCGAUAUAAAAUCUGCUUGGGAAAAUGUUGAAGUCUUCGCUAACACCACUCAAGAAUGAUUUAUUUCAUUCAUUCAUUCAUUCAUUCUAAUCUUUUCUAAUCAAC